AUGUCCGCUCUGGCCUCGCCGCCCGUCCACCCGACCUGCGCCCACGCCUCCCCUCCGUCCCUUGCCCGCGAUCCGAUCCCUCCCCCAUCUAACAUCAUCACUCCAUCAUCUCACCAUCCCAUUGAUCCCCACGCGCGUUUCAUUAUCGCGCCAUAUAAACGCGCAGCCCUUCCCGUUCCGCCGAGCCUUCUCGCUGCCCUUCUUGUCUGCUGCUGCCCCUUCUUCUGCGGCGCUCCCCUGGCCACCAUCUCCGGCCACUUAUCUCGCCCAAUCUACAUAUCGCCUUUGCUCGCCCCGUACUUAUCAACCCCAAUCGCUGCCCGUGCUCGCCCGUGCUCGCCGCCCCCGCCGUCCGGCCCGAGCCCGCUGACGCCUCUCCGCCCGCUCGCCCCGAGCCUGAGCCCGAGCCCAAGCGUCCUGCUUCCGUCCUGCUUCCGACUUCCGAGCCCCGUCACGCGCACGCCUACGCACGUACGCGUCUCCGCCCCGCGAGCGCCCAUUAAGCUGCAUUCUCCCGAGCGUGCGCGCGCUCGCUCCGCGCCGGUCCUCGUCGCCCGCGAACGGGGGACGCAUACGCAUUCCCCACCCUCGGUCCCGCGACGCGCUCCCCUCUCCUGCCGCAGGCUCUACGCCCUCGCGCUUCCCACGCGGGCUGUAAUUACACCGCUUUGCGACACGACGGCCUCUCGGGCCUCGCCUAGCCCCGCGCGCGCGCGCACGUCAAGAAACUCUAUUGCGCGCGCGUCGCUUCCGCACCCAGAAGCAAGCUCCACCGCGCGUCGCGUGGGCCGCGUUUGGGCGCUCUGCGCCGGCCGCGCUUCGGAGUCCAUGCGCUGUGUCGAGUCGAGCAGAACUUUAAAGCCCCGGAUUCGCGAUGGACGUUUCUGGGAUCUUGGCUUGGACGACGAGCGUCGCCUGUGUGGACUAGCUGUCACCGCCGGCGCCACUGCUCGCCUGGUCGAGGGCCGGCGGCGACUUGGCGGGUGUGGAUUGGGCGAGGGGCGCUGCCGAGAUCGCCGCCAGCACCCCCCCAGGAUCGCGCGCGCGAACUCGAUGUCGGACGGUUCGGCGCGAUUGGCGUCGCCGAUUGGUGUUGCAAGUGCUCGCGCCGCCGUCUUGACGCUCAUGCGCACGACGGCGCGGCGGAGGCUCGGGCGCGUGCCCGUCACGUACAGCAGCCUCCAGGAUAAGCCUGAAUGGCAGGGGCGCAGCGCGUCUGAUCUGCCGGCGGGGUCUUUGUGGCGGCAGGCACGUCCGUUUGCCUCGCGCGCUUCGGAUCCUCGAGGAUGGGGUCUGUCAGGGUCCGUCUGGACUCUGGAGCGACGCGUCGACGCCGUAGGCUUCCGCUCGCCGUGGUGGAUCUUGUCUCGUCACUGA